AUGCGGUUCUUAACUGUUCUGAUCGUGUUCAUCUUCCAUCUCUUCCAUACCUUAUCCCUCGCCGUCCCCCUUGCCAAGCGAGCCACGUUAACGCAGGUCACCAACUUUGGCUCCAACCCGGCCGGCAUCCGGAUGUACAUCUACGUCCCCGACGCCGUCGCCUCCUCGCCUGGUAUAGUUGUUUCUCUCCACGGUGCGUCCGGCAACGCCCAGCAGCAAUUCCAAUCAACACCGUACGCGGCGCUCGCCGAGCAGUACGGGUUCAUAGUGAUCUACCCGGAGUCACCGCAAGGAGCAUGGGACGCAACCUCCAGCAAAUCACUUCUUCACGACGGCGGCGGUGCUAGCCAGUCCAUCGCGAAUAUGGCGAGAUAUGCGUCUAGCACGUACCAGGCGAAUGCGAACCAAGUCUUCAAUACCAUGGCAGACGCAUACCCGGAUCUAUUCAAAGGAGCGAUCAUCUACUCCGCCGGGUCUUCCGCCGACAUUCGCAGCAUGUACCCUGGCUACACCGGGACCUACCCAAAGCUUCAGCUCUACCUGGGCUCUCAGGAUACCAUCAUUGGCUCGUCGGCGUUCAACUCCACUCUUGCAGCCUGGGCCUCGGUCCUGGGGUACGAUACCACGCCCGACCAGGUGGUGGGCAACACCCCCGUGCAGGAUUAUACAACAUACGUCCUCGGAAGCAAACUCCAGGGGAUCUGGGCGGAGGGAGUGGGUCAUCCGGUGCCCACCCAGGGUGACAAUGAUAUGAAAUGGUGGGGAUUUGCGAAGUGA